AUGGGGGUGGCGGGGCUACAGUUGAACAACGACUUCCGGAACCUAUCCAAGGACUCCGGCUCGGAGUCCCUGCUGGCCCGCUUCCGUUUCCGGGCGGUGGCCUACUUCCUCGCCUGCGCCGUGGUCACCGGCGUGGCCAUCAUGACCGUGCUGCUGGUCUUGCUGCCCAGGCCGCGGCGCGACGCCCAAAGACCGCGCGCGCUGCUCUGCGUGCAGGAGGAGUGCUUCCUCGGAGGUAGCGUGAUGAGCCGCGCCCUUGACCUCAAUCGGGACCCCUGCGAGGACUUCUAUGCGUACGUCUGCGGGAGCUGGAAGCCCACCGCUCAUGGCACGCGUUCCGCGCUCGACGACAUCCGCCUCAGAACGCUGUCCAGGGCUGCACUCCUACUGGAGCAGCAGUACGGCAAGGACUUCAUCGGACAUGCUGCAAAGCUGUACCGCAGCUGCGUUGAAGCUAUACGCGGAAACCAAGACCACACAAUGAAGCUGAGGGCAUUCCUGCAAGAAAGGGGCUUGUUCUGGCCACGACCCGCGCCGGUCGACGUUACCACAGACCCGCUACUCGUACUCGUUGACCUGUCCCUGAAUUGGCGCCUGGACCUGUGGUUCUAUGUCGCAUUGGUGGCGACCCCCGGCAGUAACUCUGUGCACGUGCGCCUGCAGCCAGGGGUGGUUAACCAGGAUUGGGCCCGCUUCCUGUGGAUGCUGCGCCACGAAAGCCAGAUGAUGUACCUGGCUUAUCAGCAGGAGGCCUCCAAGCUGUUUACCAAGGAUGGAUUCGAAACGAUGACGCGGGACAUGAUGGAGCAGCUGGCGUCACUCGAGCUCCAGGUCGCGCAGCAACUCUCUGCAGGCAACAUGACGCUGCAGCCGCCUCGUGGACCACGGGACGGCAGGAAGCCGUGCGACCACAUGACGUGGCGUCACGCCGACUGCCUGACACCCGGAGUGAAACCCUCACGCUGGCUCGCUGUCCUGUCGAGUCAUGUCGGCGCCUCCGUGAACGAGAACACCACUGUGUCAGUGUGGAAUCCGCGAUUCGGUGAAUCGCUCGGCAAAAUUUUGUCGCUUAACCCGAUCAACCUCCUCCUGGACGUCAUUGGCUGGACCGUAGUUCAGAUGCUGGGCUGGGCCGCUCAUCCUCUGCUGGCGUACGUGCGUUUGGGGGGUGAGGUAGACACCCGGCACAGCACCCCACCUUUCUGCCUGGCCGCCACUGAGGCACUGCUCGGAGAGGCUGCUACGGCCACGCUGUUGGCCACGCACCUACCCGAAAGGUACAGGAGGCAGGUAAACGGAAUCUUGGAUUCUGUGGCCAAGAGCUUUUCCCAGAUGAUGCGAGCUUCAACGAGCGCCCUCAGCCUGAGUCACGACGGCGACGUAGAUCCGACGCACAACGUCACGCUCUCGCUGUGGCCCAAGACGGCGUCCAGGCUGCAGCUGGAACGAUCCUACGGUCCCAUGCCAGCGCCGCCUAGUUCCUCGUCGUUCCUGGACAACUGGCUUACACUGUCUCCCGCAGUUGCCAGCUUGGCCAAGACGGCAGCUCUCGCCGGUGGCUCACCGAUGGGACCGUUCGGCUUCAGACCAUUUGCCUGGCACCAUCGUUACGAGAACGGAGACGCCGCUGUAGUUUUGCCCUUGUGGAUCAUGUUCCCUCCCAUCUACGGGCCAGGACUACCACCUGGCAUGAUAUUCGGUGGCGCGGGCUCGUUGUACGCGACGCUGCUCGCCGAAGGCCUCCCUACUGCUCUCCUGGACAGCCUGGACAAGCGCAGCCACUACGCAUCGGCGCAGUGCUCGCACAAGCAGGACCCGUGGCUGCGACGCGCCAUCGGCAUCGAGGCCGCCUGGCGGGCGCUGCGAAGGGCGCCCUCCGUCGAGACCAGCGGCAGCGGAGGCCACCUGCUGGGCCUCGAGGACUUCUCCAGCGCCCACUUGUUCUUCCUGGCCGCUUGCCUCCAGCUUUGCGACGCUCCGCUGUCGAGGCGCGCGGAGUGUAACUUCGCGCUUCGCCAAUCGGACGCGUUCGCGAGCGUCUUCGCAUGCGCUGAGGGGUCAAACAUGAACCCCAAGGACAAGUGCAGGGCAUGGUGACCUGGCGUUCCAAACGGAGCACUGCCGUCUUCUUGCCACAAAUACGGACUCCGCCUGCUGUUCCUGCUAUCCAUUGACUGAAAUUAUACAUAUACAUACACAUUGCACUCUGCAUAUACAGGCACCUUUGUGUAGAAGGCACGUAACAUGAAUGUAGUAUGUUCUUAUGAAUGAUAAACCUUGAGAACAAUUUAACGCGACUUGCUUCCAUUAGUGUCGCCGGACACGUCGUUACGAACGUAGGUAACGUGCAUCUCCCAUGAGCUCUUGAACUUAAUGUGCGCGGGCGCAUCAACCGGUUCGCAGUCGAGAUAAGCAAUAGGCAGACGUUUAGAAUAUUGGUGGAAAAAGCAGGGAAGAGGUUGAUACGACCGGAUCCGUUACAGGCUUAGGCAUAUAUAUACAUUUUGACGAAGAGGAGAAAUAUUAAAGAGAUGUAUACAAAAAUUCUAGAAUAAGAAGCAUGUAUAGCAUGCCUGAGUAACUCACGCAGGCUAGGUGACUAUUUCUCACCGCCCUGUUCCAAAGGUUGGGCCAAUAAAUCAUCAUCAUCAUAUAACAUUUCAGAAAGAUAUGGCGAAGGGUUAGUUUGAUGGUACAAGAUGUGCGAAGAUCAGACCAGGGCAACAAGUGGGACGAAGAAAAGCACUCUUAUAUUCGUAUUUCUCCCUGACCUUGUCUACUUUCAUUGCUAUGGCGUGAUCAGCAUGUUGAAUAAAUACACUUGCUAUCUUCGG